GGCCAAACUCAGAUAGAUUUCUUAUUUUUGUUUUGCCAAGUGAGGGCGCUGUUGCGGGAAUACGGGAGCUAAGCAAAAAGCAACAUGGCUUCAGCUCAAUCAUGUCAAUGACGACAGAAUUUGCAACCUGUGGAAUUCUUCGCCCAAAGCAUUAACUGGCCAAGGUUUAUUAAACGUCAAUCUGUGCCUAUACCUGAGCCUGACAAGUGUACGACUACCAAAACUGUCAGAAGUUGUACAAGACAAUAAAAUCUUCUGGAUCUGCGCACAGCAUAUUUUCGUCAGUAAUCUUUGGCAGAUUCAUCAUUGACGUUUACUACCAGGAUGGAUAAAGGGGCAGAAGACCUUACCACGCAAGGAGCUACAUGUCAUGACCAUGAGAAAGUUGACAUGGACAGUGAAGAAACUGCUUUACAUGAAUCAUCGAGGGCAAGAAUGCACACAGAAAAGGGACUUGCCUACCAAAAGGACAUGAAAGCAAAGCGCGUGUCACAGCUGUUCAGGCAAAUAAAGUCGAAAACUGAAAGGCUUGAACUUCUCAUGAAUGAAAAGCAUGACCAAGGUGAAGUACGCGCUGAAUAUAAGGAAUGGAUGUCAACUUACGAGGACUUGCUCAAAGAGAACAGCGAGUACUGUACUUUGCUGUCCAAGGAAGAAUUACAGGAGUAUCUGGACAAUAGUUGGGACAGUAGAGAUACCUACCUGAAGAACUUCAAGGUGUAUUACUCCAACUGGGAAACGGUCCGGUCACAGAAGGAGCAAGAUGUCGGAGUUCCACGCCAACGCCAUGGCACCACUGACAGCGAAAACCUGACAAGCAUAUCACGCAUCAGUGGAAGGGGCUCUAGAGCUUCCAUUGCCAGCGCUGUAUCAUCGGCACGACUCAAGGCGGAGCAGGAGAAAGCGGCUUUGGAGGCAAGAAUGAAGGCACUCAAGAGGAGACGAGAGAUAGAGAUGGCCAAGUUGAAAUUGAGGUUGGAAGAAGAGGAGCUGAAUUUGACCACAGAACUGGACAUUGUUCAUGCCAAGGAAAGAGUUUUGGACAGUUUUGAAUUACAAUCAAAUGCUGUUUCAAUUAGAGAUUCAAAUUCAGUUAAGCAGUUGAAUAAUGAAACUGUGUCCAUUGUAGCACAACCCAAUAACCAGUCACACUUGGUAGACCAGACAAAUAGUGGUCAAUCUGCACUAAAUGUGAAUGCUCAUAGUUUUACACCAGAAAGUCAUAACCAAAGUAGUAGUGUACAAGUACAUGGUAAACAAAGUUGUAAUAGUUCAUCAUGCCAUAGUGUACCAGUGCCAUUGCAUGUCAAUAAUGACCAUUCUGUUUCAGCUCAAGGUGACAAGCACUGUGACAGCAACCGAAGUGAAACUGGCAUGUCAGGUGACAACGCUCUUCUUGCAGUUGUCAGACAACUAAAAAGGCCUACUCCUGAGAUCAAGCGGUUUAGUGGGGAACCAGUCGACUACCGGAAAUUCAUCCGGCAGUUCAACACUAAAGUGGCAGUACAUACUGAUAAUGACGAUGAGCGAAUGAGCUACUUGGAGCAGUUCACUACUGGAGAGGCAUAUAAAGUUGUCUCAGGUUUCAGCCAUCUUCCUGCUGAGCAAGGAUACCCUGCAGCUCUAAAAGAAUUGGCAUCUAGAUAUGGAGACGUGCAUCUCAUGGCCCACUCCUUCAUCAAGAAAGCACUCGAUUGGCCAUGUGUUCGUCCGGACAACCCGAAGGCACUUGAUGACUUCUCAAUUCUGCUGGUUGAGUGUGAAAAUGCUGUAAAAUGCAUUCAAGCAGUGAAGGUCCUCGAGUACCCCGACAACAUGAGGAAGUUGGUGGGUAAACUACCAUUCUAUCUUCAUGACAGGUGGAGAAAUGUUGUUCGGCAGACCUCAGACAAAGGCGACACUGUCCAAUUUAGCCAACUGGUUCGAUUUGUAAAGAUGGAGGCAAAGAAGGUGAUGGAUCCCAUGUACGGCAGAGAGGCCCUGAGCCAAGAUGUAAAAGGCACAGGGGCAAAGGUCGUCACCAAGCACACCAAUCGUUCAAGGGGCAGCUUUGCAACCGAGGUUUCAAGUGGCCAAUCCGAGCAGACAUGGCGUAACAGAGAAGGAGACAACAGGUCAACAGCAGUAAAGUCUGGCAAUGAAGUGAAGAACGUGUGCAUAUAUUGCACUGACACAGGCCAUCAUACUGACAAGUGCAAGCGUCUGUCCAGUUUGCCUCUGUCUGAAAGAACAGAGUUUGCAAAAUCCAAAGGUCUAUGUUACGGAUGUCUGAAGCGUGGUCACCAGAGUAAGGAGUGUCGCCAUAGAUCCACUUGUGACAUUUGCAAACGUCGACAUCCAACCUGCCUCCACGAUGAGAACAGAGUUCCCAAGCCCGAGUCAAAGCCUAAUCCAGAUGGCAGCAGUGGGCAGUGUGCAAACUUUGCAAAGUAUGCAGGUGGUAAUACGAGGGCCGGUCAGCAGGGUCAAUGCACCAUGGCAAUUGUACCGGUUAAAGUCCGGCUGAGAGAUGGUAUCAAGGCUGUACCAACGUAUGCAUUCAUGGAUCCUGGAAGCACCGUUUCCUUCUGUAGUGAGAGUCUAGCCCGGCAGUUGGGAGCAAGUGGUCCAUGUAAGUCCAUUACAUUGGACACCAUGGGUAAGCCCUACUCCAUGAAGACGUAUCUCAUCGACGGGCUGAAGGUCAGCGACUUAGACAUGACGAACGAGAUUGAUCUUCCAGUCAUGUAUACCAAAGACACAAUACCAGUUUCCCAGCACCAUAUUCCAAAGACUGAUGACAUCUCCAGGUGGGACCAUCUUAAAGACAUCAGCUUGCCUGAAAUAGAUGCAGACAUUGGACUCCUGAUUGGUAACAAUGUGGCAGAUGCCUACACCCCGUUUGAUCUGAAAACUGGUCCAGCGGGUAGCCCUCAUGCUGCAAGAACUAUGCUCGGUUGGGUGGUUUGGAAUGUGAUGAGAGACGCUGAAGAAGUACAGAGUGACAUAAGUUGUAGUUUCUCUGUAAACAAGGCUGAGGUCACAGCAGUAGCAGAGGUAGAUCAGCUCAAGCAUCUGGAUAGAUUAGUUAGAGAGACCAUCAACAUGGAUUUCCCCGAGAGGCUCAUUGACGACAAGAAAGAGCAUUCUCAAGAAGACAUCAGAUUCUUGGCGUCGGUGAACAAGUCUAUCACUCACAGAGAUGGUCACUACUGUAUUGGUCUACCUUUCAAAGCAGAAGAUGUAAAGCUACCUGACAACAAGUCAAUGGCAUUAAAGCGCCUUGAUAGUCUGAAACACAAACUACAGAGAAACAGUGAAUUCGGCAGUGACUACAAAGAGUUCAUGUUCAAGAUUAUGAGUGAAGGCUACGCCGAAAAGGUCCCACAAGAAGACCUACAUCGGGCAGACGGCAGGGUGUGGUAUAUUCCGCAUCAUGCAGUUUAUCAUCCCCGCAAGCCCGAUAAGAUUAGAGUAGUCUUCGAUUGUGCGGCUACAUACCUGGGUUCAUCUUUGAACAACGUCUUACUCCAAGGACCAGAUCUCACAAACAGUCUGAUGGGUGUACUCCUGAGAUUCCGUCAAGAGGAGAUAGCUAUAAUGGGAGACAUAGCCACAAUGUUUUUCCAGGUAAGAGUUCCCAGUGAAGACUGUGACUGCCUCCGAUUCUUCUGGUGGCCAAAUGCCAAUCUCAAAGAGCAGCCGGUUGCCUAUCGUCUGAAAGUCCACCCAUUCGGAGCAGUGUCGUCACCGAGUUGCUCAAGCUUUGCUCUUAAGCAAACUGUUGAGGAUAAUGUUGGUGACUACGGAGAGGCUUCAUGUGACAUAGUGAAGAGAAGUUUCUAUGUAGACGACUGUCUUGUCUCGGUUGGUACAGAACAAGAAGCUGCUCAUUUGAUCCAGAGUACCACAGCCCUGUGCAAACAAGGCGGCUUUCAUCUGACAAAGUGGGUGUCAAAUAGCCAUCAUGUUCUACAGACGGUGCCAAUAGAGGAACGGGCAAAAGACAUCAGAGAGUUGUCGAUGGAGAAUCAGAACCUUCCCAAUGAGCGAGCUCUGGGGGUUUAUUGGUUUGUGGAAUCAGACAGUUUGGGGUUCAAAGUCAACUUGCCAAAGCAACCUGCAACACGACGAGGAAUACUUUCUAUCACAAGUUCAGUUUAUGAUCCUCUGGGUAUCGCAGCUCCUUUCGUGUUGAAGGCCAAAAUUCUCCUUCAGAGUCUUUGUCGACGAGACAUAGGAUGGGAUGAAGAGAUCCAGGGAGAAGAUCUUAGAAUCUGGAAUCAGUGGCUCAGUGAGGUGAAAGACCUGGAUCAGCUUAGGAUCAGGAGAUGCUACAAGCCUUCAGGGUUUGGGCAGGUUGUAAGCUGUCAGCUUCACAUCUUUGCAGAUGCUAGUGACGUAGGGUAUGGUGUGGCUGCCUAUCUCCGGCUUUGUGAUGAAUCUGGGCGCAUCAGCUGUUCGCUUGUUACAGGCAAAGCAAGGGUUGCACCUUUAAAGAAGAUGACUAUCCCGCGUAUGGAGUUGACAGCAGCAACCAUCGCAGUUAGACUUGGCAAAGUGCUUACUCAAGAGCUGGACUGCGACAUACAUGGCACCUACUACUGGACAGACAGUAUGACGGUAUUGCGGUACCUCGCAAACGAGAGUUGUCGCUUCCAGACCUUUGUUGCAAAUCGCAUUGCAAUAAUCAGAGAUGCCUCUUGCUUGCAGCAGUGGAAGUAUGUGAAUACCAAAGUCAACCCUGCUGAUUGCACAACACGUGGUCAGUCAGUGAAAAGGUUUCUUCAGUGCUCCAUGUGGUUUGAGGGUCCAGGCUUCCUGUCUCAGCCAGAAACAGAAUGGCCUCAGCAAGAUGCCGAUCUUACCAAGCUACCAGAUAAUGAUGCUGAGGUGAAGAAGACUGUGCUGAUGACAGCAGAGACACCUAUCAGUCCGGUUGACAGACUUCUGGAGCACUAUUCAGAUUGGACCAGGCUGAAACGGGCAGUUGCUUGGAUAUUGGUUGUGAUGAAGCGCCUCCAAGAUAGAGUAGCUGCAAGCGAGAGGUUGAAACAGGAGCCAGCACAGCAAGAGUUAGAACAGCAAGAACCCAAUGCGUUGCACCGUUCACAGAAGCUCGAAUCAGAGCAGAGCAGAGUUAAGCAAACUCUUUCAUCAGGUGACAGAGAAAGUCUUAACCAUACUCGACUUACCACAGAGAACCUUGAGGCUGCUGAGAGGGUUUUAGUGUACCAUGUCCAGCAGAAACAUUGGAAGGACGAAAUCAAAUUGCUCAACGAGACGGAGGGAAAACCAUCCUCGGUAGUCAAGAAGUCUUCUUCAUUGAGAAAGCUUGAUCCUAAGCUGGUAGAUGGACUUCUACGUGUUGGUGGUCGGAUUGGUAGAGCAGAUCUCGACUUUGAGUCCAGGCACCAGGUACUGAUGCCAAGAGACUCACCUGUCUCCAGGCUUAUUCUUCAGCAUAUACACAAGUCAGUUGGACACUUGGGCAAAAAUUCCAUCCUAGCAGAGCUUCGACGACAUUACUGGAUAAUUGGAGCACCUUCUAUCAUCAAGGGUAUCGUCUCGAGGUGUGUCACUUGCAGGAGAUACCAAGCCCCGGCUGAGCAGCAGAAAAUGGCCAGCCUGCCACGAGAGCGACUUGCGUUGAAUGAACCUCCAUUCAGCAAGGUUGGAAUGGAUUAUUUUGGUCCCUUUGAGGUGAAACGUGGUAGAAGUAUGGUGAAGAGGUACGGGGUCAUAUUCACUUGUUUGACUUCGCGAGCUGUCCACUUGGAGUUAGCGCAUUCACUUGACACGGAUUCAUGCAUCAAUGCAAUCCGCAGAUUCAGUGCCCGUCGUGGAUCAGUAAAGAGCAUUCUCUCUGACAAUGGAACCAAUUUGGUUGGCGCAGAACGUGAGAUGCGUGAGCAGAUGAGAACCUGGAACCAACAGAAAAUCCAUGACAACUUGCUACAGAAGGGCAUAUCCUGGCAAUUUAAUCCUCCAGCAGGAUCACAUUUUGGAGGAAUAUGGGAGCGUUUGAUUAGAAGCGUCAGGAAGAUCCUCUACUCUCUGAUGCGAGAACAGCAUGUUCAUCUGAGUGAUGAAGCUCUCCAAACUUUGUUGUGUGAGGUAGAAGCUAUCAUGAAUGGACGACCACUUACCGAAUGCCCUAACAGUCCCAACGACCUAGAUGUCCUGACUCCGAAUCAUCUGCUUCUUCAACGGUCGGGCGAGAGUCUGCCUCCUGGGUUGUUUGACAAGCAUGAUAAAUAUCCUGUUAAGCAGUGGCGACAAGUUCAGUAUUUCGCAGACCUCUUUUGGAACAGAUGGUCGAAGGAGUACCUGCCUAUGCUUCAAGAAAGGCAAAAAUGGACCCACCCCAAGCGGAAUGUGACUGUGGGAGACAUUGUGUUGGUGGUUGACUCUUCGCCAAGAAACUCAUGGGCGCUUGGCAGAGUACUUGAAGUUGUCAAGGACAAGAACGGAUUUGUUAGAAGUGUCAAGUUGAAGACAAAAACUUCUACUUUAGUUCGCCCUGUAACAAAGCUUUGUCUUCUAGUUGAAGGCAGUGUUGAGUAGUUGUCAGUAUUUACAGACAUAUUGUUAUGCGUUGUAUCCACCAAGAUUUCAAGUGUUAGUUUAAAGAUAA